AUGGCGGCGGCGGCGGCUCGGGGCUGUUGGCAGAGGCUCGUGGGGUCCGCGGCGCUGGCCAGAGUGGCCGGGAGACCCUCGGUGCUGUUGUUACCGGUGAGGCGGGAAAGCGCUGCGGCCGACACGCGCCCCACUGUCAGACCGAGGAAUGAUGUGGCCCACAAGCAGCUCUCAGCUUUUGGAGAAUAUGUGGCUGAAAUCCUGCCCAAGUAUGUCCAGCAAGUUCAGGUGUCCUGCUUCAAUGAGUUAGAGAUCUGUAUCCAUCCUGAUGGGGUCAUCCCAGUGCUGACCUUCCUCAGGGAUCACAGCAACGCACAGUUCAGAUCCUUGGCUGACCUGACGGCGGUGGACGUCCCCACCCGGCAGAAUCGUUUUGAGAUUGUUUACAACCUGCUGUCUCUGCGCUUCAACUCGCGGAUCCGUGUGAAGACCUAUACGGAUGAGCUAACGCCCAUUGAGUCUUCUGUGUCUGUGUACAAGGCAGCUAACUGGUAUGAGAGGGAGAUCUGGGACAUGUUUGGAGUCUUCUUUGCUAACCAUCCUGAUCUAAGAAGAAUCCUAACAGACUAUGGCUUUGAGGGACAUCCUUUCCGGAAAGACUUCCCCCUGUCUGGCUAUGUUGAGUUACGCUAUGACGAUGAGGUGAAGCGGGUGGUGGCCGAGCCGGUGGAGUUGGCUCAGGAGUUCCGCAAGUUUGAUCUGAACAGCCCGUGGGAGACUUUCCCUGCCUAUCGCCAGCCCCCUGAGAGUCUCAAGCUUGAAGCCGGAGACAAGAAACCUGAAACCAAGUAG